CCUUGAUCUCUCACCUGAAUCCCUUUCUCACAACUCCUUUCAAGUCUCAUCUCUGAUCCUGAUAGCCACUUUCCUGCUCCUUUCCUUUCUCCCUCUUCUUUAAUAGCGAGAACUUUUUCCCAUCAUGGUCAACCCCACAUAUUCCUCCCCGCUCGCCGAUGGGCAUCUGAAUGGGAAUAACACCCUCCCCAUUCGCCCCGGCCCCAAGCUGUAUGGCAGCAAUGAUGGCGCUCAAUCGGGCUCCGGCACGCCCAUCGGAUUUCAGCGUCAUCCUCAUAACAAGAUCCUCGAUAAUGUAGCGGGCCCGAGUCUGCGCCAACCCUCUCCGCAACCCACGCACCUGGGCAUCAGCGGCGGCCAGCACCGCCUCCUCUCCCAAGAGGAUCCGGGCUAUAUCGCCGCCAAGUUCGAGGGCAAAGAGAAGCAGAUGGACCAGGUCAUGGACCAGCUGGAAAGCAGAGGCUUCCUGCCCAGUGAAUUCGUCCUCAGUGAAACCGAGUGGUUCUACAACCAACUCGGCAUUGAUGAUACCUAUUUCCAGACCGAGUCCGUUGACGCCAUCGUCACCCAGAUUCUGUCCUUGUACGCCGCCAAGGUGGCUGCUUACGCUCGGGACGAUAAAAAGCUCGAGAUCCGUCUCGACAAGGAGGCCGAGGAUCAUGCCGUCUACAUCGAUACCAGCAAGCCCGGCGUCACCACCGUCGACGGUCCCCGCUACGAGCAGCGCAUCGACAAGAAAUACAUCAACAACUCCACCCCGAGCAACAGCUAUCGUGUCGAGACCUUCCGCUCGCCGACUUCCAUCCCCGGUGACGAUGGGCAGCAGCUCCGUUGCUAUUUCGUCUACAAGUGCCAGUUCGUGAAGCCCGACGCCGGCCCCAACGAGACGGACAUCAACCUCGUCGGCGAGAAGAGGUUCUUGCAGAAGGCUACCGAGAACACCAAGGCCGUCUACCAGGAGAUCAUCAGCGCUGCCGUCUCCCGGUCGGGCCCCGUGAUCGAGAUGUUCGAGAUCGAGAAGAGCCGCGAGAAGCGCCUGGUGAUCGCCUACCGUCAAGGCUCCGCCAUGGGCCUGUUCAGCGCGCUUUCCGACCUGUACCAUUAUUACCGCCUGACCAGCUCGCGGAAAUACCUGGAGAACUUCUCCAACGGCAUCACCAUCAUUUCGCUCUAUCUCCGCCCCUCCAAGGAUGCGGAAGUGACCGCCAAAUUCCCGCCGAUCGAGGCCGCCAUCCACCAGAUCAUCAAGGAGGUCUCCCUGCUCUACUGUAUCCCCCAGAACCGCUUCCAGCACCACUUUGCCGUGGGCCGCCUCAGUCUGCAGGAGACCAUCUACGCCCACUGCACCUGGGUGUUCGUCCAGCAGUUCCUGAACCGCCUGGGUUCCGAGUACAUCUCCCUGACCGACCUGCUGGACUCGAACAACAGCGCCCACGCCGAACUGCUCUCCAAGAUUAAGAAGCGUCUGCGCACCGAGACCUUCACCUCCGACUACAUCUGGGAGAUCGUCAACAAGUACCCCGAGCUCAUCCACAAGCUCUACCUGGAUUUCGCCAACACCCACUACGUGCAGACCCGCGGCCCGGCCGAGGAUGACUUCCUCCCGACCCUCAGCUACCUGCGUCUGCAGGUCGACGAGGUCCUAGACGAUGCCAAGCUCAAGCAGCUCAUCUCGAGCUCCACUGCCAACGAGCACGACGAGAUGGUCAUGAGUGCCUUCCGCGUGUUCAACGCCUCCAUCCGCAAGACCAACUUCUUCACCCCCACUAAGGUGGCCCUGAGUUUCCGCCUCAAUCCCGACUUCCUCCCCGAGCACGAGUACCCCCAGCCACUCUACGGCAUGUUCCUGGUCAUCAGCUCCGAGUUCCGUGGCUUCCACCUGCGCUUCCGCGAUAUCGCGCGCGGCGGCAUCCGCAUCGUCAAGAGUCGCAACAAGGAGGCCUACAGCAUCAACGCCCGCUCGCUGUUCGACGAGAACUACAACCUGGCCAACACCCAGCAGCGCAAGAACAAGGACAUCCCCGAGGGUGGCGCCAAGGGUGUCAUCCUGCUGGACGUGAACCACCAGGAUAAGGCCGCGGUGGCCUUUGAGAAGUACAUCGACAGCAUCAUGGAUCUGCUGCUGCCCCCGGUCAGCCCGGGCAUCAAGGAUCCCAUCGUCGAUCUGCACGGCCAGGACGAGAUCCUCUUCAUGGGCCCCGACGAGAACACCGCCGAGCUGGUCGACUGGGCCACCGAGCACGCCCGGAACCGCGGCGCGCCCUGGUGGAAGUCCUUCUUCACCGGCAAGAGCCCCAAGCUGGGCGGCAUUCCCCACGACACCUACGGCAUGACGACUCUGUCCGUCCGCCAGUACGUGCUGGGGAUCUACCGCAAGUUGAACAUCGACCCCUCGACGGUCCGGAAGCUCCAGACGGGCGGUCCGGACGGCGACCUGGGGUCGAACGAGAUCCUGCUGUCCAACGAGAAAUACACUGCCAUCGUCGACGGCUCCGGCGUCCUGGUCGACCCGCAGGGACUCGAUCACCCGGAGCUGGUGCGCCUCGCCAAGAAGCGCGUCACCAUCUCCGAAUACGACGUGUCGAAGCUGUCCCCGGAGGGCUACCGGGUGCUGGUGGACGAGAGCAACAUCAAGCUGCCGAGCGGCGAGCUGGUCCACAACGGCAUGAUCUUCCGCAACACGUUCCACCUGCGCAGCGACCAGCCGUACGACGUGUUCGUCCCCUGUGGUGGCCGUCCGGAGUCCAUCGAUCUGUCGACCGUGGGCCGACUGAUCCAGGACGGCAAGUGCGUCAUCCCGCACAUGGUCGAAGGCGCCAACCUGUUCAUCACGCAGGACGCCAAGCUCCGACUCGAGCAGGCCGGCUGUGUUCUAUUCAAGGACGCCUCGGCCAACAAGGGUGGUGUGACGUCGUCCUCCCUGGAGGUCCUGGCGUCUCUGUCCUUCGACGACGAGGCAUUCGUCGAGAACAUGUGUGUCCGCGACGAUGGAACUGUGCCGACCUUCUACCGCCAGUACGUCCAGCAGGUGCAGGAGACCAUCAAGCAGAAUGCCACGCUGGAGUUUGAAGCCAUCUGGCGGGAACACCAGCAGACCGGACUGAUGCGCAGCGUGCUGAGCGACAAGCUCAGCGUGGCCAUCACCAAGCUGGACGAGGAGCUGCAGAACACGGAGCUGUGGGACAAUGUGGAGCUGCGCCGCUCGACGCUCGGCAGCGCUCUUCCCAAGCUGCUCUUGGACAAGAUUGGCCUCGAUGUUAUCUUGGAACGAGUUCCGGAGAACUACCUGCGCGCCAUCUUCGGCAGCUACCUUGCCAGCCGCUUCGUGUACGAAUACGGCAGCAGCCCCAGCCAAUUCUCCUUCUUUGAUUUCAUGACCAAGCGACUUGCCCAGGCCCAGGCAUAGUGGGAUAGACUGCCUCGGUUUAUGAUACCUCAUUCUCCAUGUUUCUGCUACUUUUCUUUCUGGCCUGUUCCAGAUCUUGCAUUUCCUGGGUUUAUUUAUACACCACUGCACAUAUGGUCGGCUGACCGGUGUUUUACGGAUAUUGAUGAUGAUUGAUGUCCAUUGCAUAGGAUACAAUAAAAGUGUCGCAUAAUGAUUCAUCUAAUAUACUUUCUCUGACUUAUU